AAUAUAAGCCCGCGAUAAAAACUUUUCAUUGAAUGUUUUGAGAACUUUUCCUUUCUGUUUUUCAAAACCUGUAUUUAUUAUUCGGGGAUUGCAUGCCGAAUUCUGAACUGUUAUAUUUAAGUAUCCCAUUAUUAUUAUGAACUACGCAAGUCCUCGAACCAAGCUGAAAAAACAUCUAGUCAGUCGUGGCGCUGAGAUUCCAGUACACUGGAGUAGUGACAUUCGGGACAUUUUUAGUUUGUUUAGUAGUAUGAGAAUAAGUUGAUUCACAUCUUUUUUUCUGGCAGUCAUCUUAACCAGCAGCUUUCAAUAACAACAGCAAAAAGAAAAAAUCUUAUUCCAGUAUUAUUCGUCAAGACCUCAAGAAAUUUUUUCAAAAUGGUUGGCUUACCUGCUCUCCGUCAAGAACCCACCGUAGCUGUGAAAUUUAUUAGUGCUGGGACUGCUGCAUGUAUUGCAGACAUUAUUACUUUUCCACUUGAUGUUGCUAAAGUAAGACUUCAGAUUCAAGGUGAAGGGUCCAUGCUUGCCAAAACCAGUUUAAUGAAAAAUGCAGUAUCUGCAAACAAAGGAAUGUUUGGAAUGAUAGUUAACAUCGUGCAGAAGGAAGGGCCGAAAAGUUUAUACAAUGGGCUUUGUGCUGGUUUACAGAGACAAAUGUGCUUUGCAUCUGUCAGGAUCGGGUUAUACGACUCUGUUAAAAACCAAUAUAGUGCUUUAGCAUCAGGAAGUGUAUCACCUGGCCAUGUUGGUAUCCGUAUAUUAGCUGGAGUAACGACUGGUGGUAUGUCUGUAGUAUUUGCACAACCUACUGAUGUCGUGAAGGUGAGAAUGCAAGCUCAAGUUUCUGGAACAGCUGCUCGUUAUGUUGGAACAAUGAGCGCUUACAGAACUAUAGCUGUCGAAGAAGGAAUGAAAGGAUUGUGGAAAGGUACCUUGCCGAACAUCACCCGGAAUGCUAUCGUCAAUGCAGCAGAACUUGUCUGUUAUGAUCUAAUCAAGGAGUUCAUUUUAGCAAGAAAAAUCAUGACAGACAACAUUCCAUGUCACUUCACAUCCGCAUUUGCAGCUGGAUUUUUUGCCACUAUUGUGGCAUCUCCUGUGGAUGUGGUGAAAACACGUUUUAUGAAUUCUGGACAAGGACAGUAUGCAGGUGCUAUAGACUGUGCUGUCAGGAUGUUUAAAGAAGGUGGUGUUAAAGCUUUCUACAAAGGGUUCAUGCCAUCCUUUAUUCGUCUCGGAUCAUGGAACAUUUGUAUGUUUGUAACCUUUGAGCAGUUGAAACGUCUUUUCACUCACAUUAGCCAAGGCAGUGUUGUGCCUCCUGUACCCAGAGUGUAUGCCGGUGCACCUCUUCCUGUUAGAGAUGCCUCAGUUGGGGUGCAGCAUCAUCAUUUGUGCCCCACUGUAAUCAAUCAGUGGGAUUAAACAUUUCAAAACUUG